AUGUUUGGCCGUCGCGUUGCCAGCUGCUGCCGCAUCCCGGCUAACAUGUACGCCCGGCUGCACAUCAGCUCCCUGCAGCAGGCGAAUCGGAUGCUACCGCCAUUAGUCCCCAUCACCACCUCCAUCUGCCGCAGCGUGAGCGGUGGAACCGGGGCAUUCGCAUCCUUGGUCGCUGGAAGCGAAGCUGUGCCGGCAGACUUGACGUCCCCAGGGAACCUGCUUUCCCUUCUCGGUGUGACGCCGCAAGUGCUACUCGGCGCCAUCAACGCCAAUACUCUUCUACUGCGAAUAAUCUCCGAUACAAUGUGCACUUAUAGUGUUAUAUUACUACGCACCACUGGGUGA